AGGUACUCAAGUCAGUGAUCAGAACAAAUCUCAAGCACAAUGGUCGCCCUGUCGUGGCUCCUCUCGAUUCUCAGUGGCCUGGUGGCCUACGGAUUGUACCGGUUCUGGAAGCAGCUGACCUUCUGGGCCGAUCUUGGAGUUCCGCACAAUGAACCGAAAUUCAACCAACUCAUGGACAGCAAAAUGCAUAUAGCGAAACAGCAUCAGCAAUGGUAUCGCAAAUACAAGGGCCAGUUUCCGUUCGCCGGGUUGUAUUUGAUGAAUAAACCGAUUGCCUUGGCCAUGGAUUUGGAGCUGCUGAAAUGUAUCUUCGUCAAAGAUUUCCAGUACUUCCAGGAUCGCGGAACGUAUUACAACGAACGGGACGAUCCUCUUUCGGCUCAUCUGUUCAAUCUGCAAGGAACGAAAUGGCGCAAUUUGAGAGCAAAAAUUUCACCUACCUUCACAUCCGGAAAAAUGAAGAUGAUGUACCCGACUAUGAUUGCUGCCGGAAAGCAGUUCAGCGACUAUAUGGACGAACAUGUCGGUAAAGAAUGUGAGCUGGAGCUGAAGGAUUUGCUGGCCAGAUUCACAACCGACGUGAUUGGAAUGUGUGCGUUUGGAAUUGAGUGUAAUUCCCUGAAGGAUCCGGAGGCCCAAUUCAGGAUGAUGGGUCGUAAGCAUUUUGAAACACCUAGGAAUCGUUUGAAGGACACAAUGUGUAUGGCGUUCCCUAAUUUUUCUCGAUUCAUUGGUUUGAAACAAAUUGUUCCCGAGCUGUCGGACUUCUUCCUGAAUAUUGUUCGUGAAACCAUUGAGUAUCGUACGAAAAACAACGUUCAACGAAAUGAUUUUAUGGAGUUGAUGAUCGGAAUGCUGAAAGGGGAAAACUCUGAGCUGGGAUCGUUAACAUUCAACGAAGUGGCCGCACAAGCAUUUGUGUUUUUCAUUGCCGGAUUCGAAACUUCAUCCACCACAAUGACCUGGGCAUUGCAUCAACUAUCAAUCAAUCAAGACAUUCAAGACAAGGCACGAAAGUGCGUACUGGACACUCUACAAAAGCACAAUGGUGAUCUGAGCUACGAUGCGAUGAUGCAGAUGCCCUACAUCGAUCAGAUAUUACAAGAAACUCUCCGAAUGUACCCUCCGGUCCCCGGACACUUCAGAACGGUCGGAAAAGAUUAUCCCGUCCCUAAUACCAACGUUACCCUCCCGGCCGGAACGUCGGUCAUGAUUCCGGUCUACGCCAUCCAUCAUGAUCCGGAAAUUUUCCCGGAUCCAGAGCGUUUCGAUCCGGAUCGUUUCACUGCGGAAAACAGUAAAGCCCGACAUCCGUACGCGUGGACGCCCUUCGGGGAGGGUCCAAGGAUUUGCAUCGGGAUGCGAUUCGGAUUGAUGCAGGCGCGCAUUGGCCUGGCGCUGUUGCUCAAGAGUUUCCGCUUUUCCAGCGGUCCGAAGUCUACGGUUCCACUUGAUUUUACCCCGAAAAGUUUCAUUCUUGCUCCCGAAGAGGGACUGUGGUUGAAGGUGGAAAAAUUGUAGUUAAUAUAAUGUCUGUGUGUUUUUUUUUUUAAUUGAACUGAAUAUAAGGCCGCUUUACUAAACUCUGUUAAAGUAAUUUAGAUGAUGUAUAUUUAAAUAAAAUUCCAACUCAGAUCUAGGCUUUUAAA